GGCAUAUGUCACGGACUGCCACACAACAGUUUGCAAAGUUUAUUUUCAUUUUUAAUAUUGAUAAAUAAAAAUAAUAAAGUUAAAAUACAUUGGCUGGUUCAUACAAAUACAUGGCACAUUUACAAACGUUAUUUGGUAUCUGAUACCAAACAUAUUAUCAUGGAUUUAAAAACAUUCUCAGAAGACGAUUUCGAUCCUAAGAAAUGGAUAAACAGAGCGUGGGGCUCCAGCGGCAAUCAGGAGAAAGAGGUGUUUGUGGCCAAUGCUGUUACAAGACUUCAGCUCUAUAUGAAGCAAUUAACCAACUCCCUGGACGAGACUACUGCUCAGUAUUCCAGAUAGUAACAUCAGUGCCACGGAUCCUUCAGUCAGCUGAAGCGCUUCAGGACGAAGGCCAGGCGCUGCAGUACGAGCUGCAUUCACUGGAACACAAGCUGACCAGCGUGGAGCAGCAGACGGGGAAUUCUAUUGAGAGUUUGCAGCGGAUCGACCGCUUGAAGAGUACUUUGGAGAAUGCUGCGUCUGCGCUCCGCGAAGCAGACAAAUGGGCAAUGCUUGCGGCGGCUUUGGAACACGUGCUCGAAACGGGGGUUCCCACUCAGAAGGAGCAACUCGCCGAACUAACCCAACAGCUGCACGCCAACACUGCCUGUCUGGAGGUCCUGAGCGACGCGCCCGACUAUGAAAGCAAGCGAUUACAGCUGGAAACAUUGUACAACAGACUGGAGGCGGCUGUGACCCCACCGCUGAUCGAAGCUCUGACUGACAACGACGUUGAUCGCACAUCGACGUACCUAGCGCUAUUCGUGGGCAUGGGCCGCGGUCUGUCUGUCUGUAGAUGUUGGAGACGCGCCGCGGCGUCUCGUCUCGCAUCCAAAUGGAGCGCCCUGGAGUCCCACUCCGUCGGAGCCCUGACUCGGAUGCUGAUAGGGGAGGCUAACAACCAGGUGGACUGGCUCACAAACGUACUAAAGUCUGACAGUCCGAUAGCAGAACUUUUGCGGCUGUACACUGAUCUGCUGCUAUCACUGGAGCCCACACCCACCUUGGUGGUGUCGGCGAAUCUAAAGCUGUGCUCGACUCCCGAGGAAGGAAUAGUUAUGCUCACAGACCUAAAGACAGACAUUGACGGGUUUAUAUCGUGCAUUAGAGGAGUGAUGGACGCACCUAGAUCCAACAGAGAAAAGUUGUUGCCGGCGACCGUCCGCGAACUAGGCCGCGCCGCGUACGCGCCGUUACGGGAAUUGCUGCCGAGGUACACGGAGCUGCAGUCGAGACUGCUCAUUGAACACCUUAACGACCCUCAACUGCAGCAGACGGACGAUAUCGUAGAACAUUCUCGAUCGAUUCUGUCGCUCGCUUCGCGAUCGGAAGGCUGGCUGGAGAUCGCCUACAGCAGAGCGGAGAAGAUCGCCGGCCGCUGCGUUUAUCCGUUCUACGUGCCGGCGCUCGAGAACUUCGUCCAGUGUCUGAGCAACACAAUCUCCGCCCACUAUCGCCGCAUAGAAGCGCUAUUCCGCUCGACGGUGGCCGCAGGUCAAUCGACCGGCGUGCUGUCGCCGAUGUUCCCCGCGGCACUGAUAUUGGAAUCGGCCACAGCUGUCUUGUUGGACGCCAUUGCUAAUAGACUGAACAUCGAGCCGAAGCGCGAGCCAGCCCAUCCAUUAUUAGACCUAGCAACACUAGUGCUGGAGCCCGACUCCCGCCGGCAGCUGGCCAAACUACAAUGUCAGCCGCCGACAUUCCCCGAGCUGCGUCGCGUGAAAAACCAACUGAAAACAUUGGCGAGAGCUGUGUUGAGGAACCCAAUCGAUGUUAUAUUGGACGAGGUCCCGCAGCUCCCCGUGUGGAGCAACAACGACGCUCUGUCCACUGAUCUGCCGGACUUCGCUAUAUCCCCUCAAGAAUACAUCACUAAGAUCGGUCAGUAUUUGAUGACGUUGCCUCAUCACCUGGAGAUGCAUCUUUCCGAGAAACAAGCGCCAUUGCAGUUCCUAACCGAGGUCUGCACGCACACGUGUGACAUGUACGCGGAGAAAUUAUUGAACAUAAGGAAUAUGGACGCGCUCGGAACCAAACGGUGUCUCACAGACAUUGUGUAUCUGUGUUCUGUGGCUGAGGACCUCGGUAGCAGCGCCCCGCCUGCGCUCCGGCGUCUGGAGCAGUCGCUGCGGGUCGCCGCAUAGUGUGCUGAUUCGUUAUUUGUUACGCUAUAAAUAUUAUAUUAUAUUUGA